ACGGUUUAUCAAUUUUUAUUUCAAGUUCAAAUCAAAUCUUUAAAGGAACUUUAUGGAAAAUCUGUAGAUAAACAUUUGAUAAUUUUUGAAUCAAACCAUAGUAUGGUAAUGCUAAUAGACGCAAAUAAUUUUAUCAAUAUAAAACACAUUUUCAACGAUACGUCUCAUGUAUUGUGGACGGAAACUGAUAGAUUCGGUAUUAGGAAAUGGACCGAUUUGACAAAAUGAGAUAAUAAAUAAGAUAAUAAAAAAUAUAUAUGUACUUAGCAGCAGAGAUUAUGCAUUCAGUGAUGAGUAGAAAGAAACCCCCGACAAUACGUAGAUAACGAGAAUUGAUGCUUCAUUUAUUGCGUUGAUUACAUACCUACCACAAGUAUAAAAGCAUCGUCAAGCUGGCUAAUUAUCAAUAAACACAAUUCGAACGUUGAAAAAACUGGAAGCUCAAGAAGCUUAAGAAAUCUUUUAUACACACCUACAAAUUUACGCUCACAAACAAAAUGAACUUCAACAAGAUCUUCAUACUACUGGCUGUCUUCGUUGCCGUCUUCGCUGGACAAACCGAGGCGGGAUGGUUGAAAAAGAUUGGCAAGAAAAUUGAGCGUGUUGGUCAACAUACAAGAGAUGCCACCAUCCAAACCAUUGCUGUGGCGCAACAAGCAGCAAAUGUUGCGGCAACAUUGAAGGGAUAAACUGAAAAUGUUGAAUAAGUGUGGAAGGUCUUGCAACAACUAUCUGAUAGCUAAUAUAAUUCAGAUUAAGCUUAUUUAUUUUGUGACUGAUUAAUGGAGAUUAAAGUAAAAGUAUUUCAAUAAAAGAAUUAAAACAAAAAAUAUAUA